AAUCUCCACCGUCAGAUCCACAUCCUUGUUCGCAGAUCUCGAAACCCUAGAACCCCCUCUAACUACGUUUUUAAUAUAAAUCGCAAUUCAAACCCUCUCUCUCUUCCCCAAUCUUCUUCUUCUUCUUCUUCUUCCAUUUCCUUCUCAACUCUUCCUUCGUUUCAACUCAGCUCUUUCUUCCCAUUCUUAUUAUUCGAAGUGUGCGCGGAACGCAGAAUCUGUUGUCGUUUCUUGGUUGGAUGGAGAGAGUGGCGUCUUGGGGUGCAACGACGUCGUGUCAGAACAACGGGUACGCGAGUUGGGAGGAGGUGUACGUGUCGAGCGAUAAGGGAAGGAGAGAGGUUCAUUAUUUGCUGAAGAGAAGAGGUGGUGGUGGUUCGGAUCUCGCUGUUGUUGGAAAAGAGAAGAGCUUGAGACACAUGACUUAUCACUACGCUAUUAGGAACGCUUCUUUUGGUCCCUUUUUCAAGCUCAAAUCGCGUAGAGAGGUUAUUGAUUGGUUGGAUUCAAUAGUUUCAGAUUCGUCUGCCGGGGAUGCGGCUAUGAACGGAAAACAUGGUUCUGAACAUGAAAUUGGAACAUUGAAGAGUUUGCGCUACUCUACGAAAGAAUUUUUAUGGAUAGGAUCUCCAUGGACCUGUAGGAAAAGGAGAAAGCACUAUCAAGCGUUUAAGAGGAAUGGAUUUCAGAUAUCUGUGUAUGAUUUUGUAUUUGUUCUGGCGGAAGAGGACAAGCGUCUGGUUGCCUACUUGGAAGACCUUUAUGAGGAUUCCAGAGGCAACAAGAUGGCUGUGGUACGCUGGUUUCACAAAAUUGAUGAGGUUGGUAUUGCUUUGCCUCACAGUUUUAGUGAGAGAGAGGUUUUCUUUUCCCUUUAUCUUCAAGAUCUGAGUAUUGAAUGCAUAGAUGGAUUGGCUUCCGUCCUCAGUCCUCAGCAUUACGAAAAGUUUCAGAAUGAGGCUCGACGUACUCACUUGGAACCAUUCGUAUGCAACCACCGGUUUGAUAAUGAUGAUGUCAAACCCUUUGAUAUAACACAGAUUAAGGGUUAUUGGAAACAGGAAAUACUCAGGUAUAUGUACACCCAAUUGGACUCAAAGUCUAAUGGGAGUUCUGGGCAAUCUGAUGAUGGCCCUGAGCUGGAAGAAAAUCCCCAGUCUACCUCUGCAAUCAGACCUAAGAAGAGGCUACGCUUUACCAAAGAUGAUGUCAAAGAUGGGGUUGAUUUAGCUGAUCCUAAAUUGGAAAAUUUGAAUAACAGUAAGAUUAAUACCAAAAUCAGUACUGAGAACCAUUAUAUGAGACUGACUGGGAACACAAAGAUGACAGCCAUCGAAGGGACAAAUGAUUUUGGUUCCCAGCAUUUAUUUGUAGGUUACCUAGUUGAGGUUCUCUCCCAAGACAGUGGGAUGAGAGGAUGUUGGUUUAGAGCAUCUGUCAUUAAGAGGCACAAAGACAAAGUGAAGGUGCAAUAUCAAGACAUUCAGGAUGCAGCUGAUGAAACCAAGAAACUUGAGGAAUGGGUUUUAGCCUCCAGAAUUGCAGUGCCCGACGAACUUGGUCUUCGUGUACAUGGGAGGACCAAGAUCCGGCCAGCUCGGGAGCCUAAUAAAUGUGAAUUGUCAUGGGUGGGUGAUGUUGGUUCCAUUGUUGAUGCCUGGUGGCAUGAUGGAUGGUGGGAAGGCAUUGUUGUUCACAAAGACUCCAAAGCUAGUUAUCAUGUUUAUUUCCCAGGGGAAAAAGUGGUGUCAACUUUUGGUCCUGGUGACUUAAGAAAUUCUCAAGAUUGGGCGGGGAAUGGAUGGGUGAAUGUGAGGGAGAGGCCUGAUAUUGUGACUUCUGUUUUAUCAAGCUUGAAAACAAAACAAAAUUCAUGCAAAUCCCAUGACAGCAUAUCAACUGUAGCAACCAGUGGAGAUGGAAUACAAUCUAAGCAAGCAGAUACUUGCUUGGAUUCUGAAAGGGACAGACCAAGAAAGCCUGAAGUGGUUCUAGAUCUUUUGAAGGAUGAUUUGUUAUCCCAGUUAAGGUGGAAGACCACCAGGAAGAGGAGACUUGGAAGUGGUACCUCCUACCAGAAGCUAAGGUGCACUAACAAGCAUCGGAAAAAGUCCCCAAAGAUUCUGAAGUCAGAUGAUGCUCCUGACAGUUUUGUGAUCCCAGCAUCGUUGAAAGUUGAUCAUGAUGACUGCAAAUAUGCAGGGGAUCCUUCCAUUUUCAGUUCUUCAGUUGUGCCUUCUUUAACUAACUUGGUUAUGUGUAGGUGACUCCAUGAUUGAUUUCUCUAGAAUGUCAAGUGUCUGGGUUCUCUGCUUCUCUUGGCCCUUUGCCUAUUAGUACAUGUUAGCCCUUACAAGUUAAGUUACAUCUUAGUGCAUCCAUUCGAUGCCUUUCUUAUCCUGCGUUCUUCAUACAGGGUCUCUUCACGCCCUUGUUAACAUAGAAAUUGUAUUUUAGUUAUUUUCUUCUCACCUUUUUAGUUUGUGUGAUUUGUGGCAUCGAAGCUUCAUUCUAUUUGGGUGCUUGUAGGAGGCCCAAGGAGGCAAGGAUGAUGCCCAUGCUAAGUUUUGGCAGAAGAAAAUGUAACGUAGUUGAAUAACCAAUGAUGGCUUUGACUUAGAGAGAAUAGGUUGUCUUCUUUUCACAUAGAAUGUUACCUAUGUAAUUUAUGUAACCUUCCUCCUCCAUAAUAAUAGAAUUUUUAUUGUUCUUUUUGCUUGUUUAUCCUGUGUGGAUAUGUAUAAUAGUAGAAUUUUCAUAUAGAUAUGGACGGCACUGUUAACUGACGAUUCCUCUUACUCUUCCAAUUUUUACAUGAAUCCUCCACUAGCUUGAUAGGCUCUAUUGAUUUCUCCUCGAAAUCAAGUGAUAGGAAAGUAUCGGUGGCUCCGAUUAUCAUUAAAUAUCAUCAGUAUGUUUUAUUUAAUUGUUUU